AUGAGUGUUCAUGACCAAUCGGCGAGCACGGAUAGCCUGGCCGCCUGCUUUGAGGACUUCGAUCUUGAAGAAGUCUUUCUAAAGGCCACACCGCAUGCAGAAAGCCUUACUAGUCAGAACUUCGUCGUAGAAUUUGGCCCUGAGCACGCGCGUAUUGCCUUUGACCUCGGUUCCCAGAAUAUCGAGAGGCUUUUGAAUAGUGAGAGAGAUGUGAAGAAUUACCCAAUUCGAUGGAUAAAUAUUUGGAACCCGAGCAUUCAGCGUGAAGCCGUGGCGGCUAUCGGAAAUCAUUAUGAGUUCUCUGAGAGAUUAGUUCGCCUGAUGUAUAUGUCAGCGCAACUACAACCUCCGACUCAUCCACGCAAGGCCAAGGAAAGACCCAUCUUGAAGCAUUUCCAUCGGCAUACGGAUGUUGAGCUUGGUGCCGUUGGUAAUGGUAUCAAUAACAUUCCCUUGGACUCGCCUAUGAGUGCACAGUUUCAGAAAGGCUCCAUCGAAUUGAUGGGGGCUCUGGAUGACGAUAGCAUGGAACUGUACAUGCAAGUUAAGAACACUGUGAAUUAUUUCUCGACAGAUCAGACACAAAGAGCCCUAUGUAUUGGAGCCCAUUGGUUGCAUAAACGGCCAAAAGGGGAGCAUGAAUUUCAGGCCAAAAGCAUGAUGCCACCCAAACAUUGGCAAUGGCUAACGAUUUGCAAUGAUCAUACUGUGUUGUCAGUUCAUGAGCAACCAUCGUUCGAGUCUGUGCCGGCCAACGAAGAUCCUAAGAAAUGGCAGCGUGAGGAGUUGCAGAACAUGAGGGCCAAUACCCUCGACGUUCUUCUGCAGCUCUCCAAGCAUGGCUUUGACUUAUACAAGCGGAAGCCCCUCUCUCUGAACUCUGUUCGGCGACCACUCAGUAAAUGGCAUUCUCGUGAUAAGCCAAACCUCGAUCGACACGAGACAGGAAUGACGUUUGCUCUCGCAGGCGAGCCGGUCAGCUUGGCAGAUGAAGGCACUAGCAACCUCUUCUAUUACUUAUUUGAAGAUUAUGUGGCGGCCGGGCCUUUGAAGACGGCUGAGAAAAAACUCGAGAACAUGACCACCAAGGUGCUUGAGAGUGCGCGCCCUCAUAUCCGGAAAAGGAGUAUAGACAUUAUUCCCACCUUGCACUACCUAAGCAAAGACCUCCGAGAGCUGAAGCAUUUGUUCGAGAACUACAAGAAUCUAAUCAACAAGAUCACGGCCCUUGGCAAGACCGAUGCGCAUCCGCGGCAGAGUCAUGGAGAGGGCCAUCGAAGAGUCAUGUUAACUGAGUCUGCCCUCAGCCGGUUCGAUCGGCUCGGUGACCGGCUCCAGUAUCUGAUGCUGAACUCUAUCGAAGGGUACCUGAUGGAGAUCAGCGCUCUCUCAAGCACAUUCUUUAACUUGACACAGCAGAAAGACUCGGAGGCCACGGCUCGACUCACACGCAGCGCUACGCUCCUGGCCAAGCUGAGCGUCUUUUUCUUGCCUAUCAGCUUCCUCACGAGCUAUUUCUCGAUCCAGAUCGAAGACCUGUACAUGUACUGGCACGGGACGGACUAUUGGUACGCGUUCGCAGUGAUUGCGAGCAUAUCCUUCGUCGCCUUGUUCUUCUUCAGCAGGCUUCUUAUGUUCUUCAGCGACACGCUGGACGAGUGGUCGGUUCAGAUCAUGGCGUGGUUCCGUAAGCUGUGUCGAGCGAUGGGGCUCAAUGUAGCUGACGAUGAUGAUGAGAACUGAUCUUUUUCUUCAAGCGAUGUUUUGAAAAUUAGCUGGAAUUAUUGGGUUUUGGAUACCACUUAUAGCGGCGCGUCCCGGCUAUUGCUCGUUUGGAAAAGCACACGAAGGAUCUUAACUUGAUACUUUAGCAUUAUGUAUAAGUAAUUUUACAGUAGGUAGCAAUUCCCAUCGAUCUCAUGUCAGGGCCGAUUAUGUUUCUCGGUGGCUCCAAUAGACAAAUGCCGGGCUCCUUCCUUCACUCGCAACCCGAUGCAAGAGUUCGGCAGGUCCCAGUUCCUUCUUUGCACCUGCCCUCCAAAGGUUACACCCAAAACGUCACCUGUAGUCAGUCCACUUACUUACCUACACCUACUAUUUAAAUAGGUAUUUCAUCAACAGAUAUUCUAUUCAAAGAACGUCUGAGCCGGGCAAUAGCUUUAAUCUUAGCUGCACGAUUAAUUGAUUGAUUGAUUGACUGAUAGGUGCCUAGUAGGGCAUUAAGAUGGAAACAGGCCUUGUCACCAUUCGCAGUCCAAAUGAGGUAAGUGGUCGCACGACGUCGUGGUGGUGAUUGCGAAUCGUGUCCAUCCAGACCCAGAGUCUAACCUUAGGUAGGUACCUCUACUUAAAGUACCUAGUCUAGCAGCUUCUUCAGUAGGGUAGGUACGUCCUUGAAUGC